AUGGGCUCGAUAAAAUUCAACUUAAAACUGGAGACGACUUAUAUUGUGCCAAAUAAUGAAACCAAGUACGAAAAUCGGUCAUUUAAAACGUCGGCAGCCGAGUUAAUUAACGAGGACGAUAUUGAUCAUGCUGUGGAUAUUUCAUACACAAAAUUAUUAGAAGAACAGGAAAACUAUGCUGGUAAAGGUAGUAAUUUUUCGUUUUCUAAUAUAGACGGUAUUUUACUGGGUGUAUACAAAUAUCAGCCUUUAGACGGGAGUUCUUACAUUGAUUUGUCGCAUGAUAUUAAAAACAGAAAUGCUGUAAUAAACCCGCAAAAUAUAGAUCAACAAUGUUUCAAAUGGGCUAUAUUGGCGAAAAAAGUGACUGGUGAUAACAAAUAUAUAGUAGGUCAGAAUUAUAAGUCUAUAGAAAACUCUUAUAAUUUGUCCGGUUUAUCAUUCCCAACACCGAUUUCAGACAUAAAAAUUGUCGAAAAAAAUAAUCCGCAUACUUCAGUCAAUGUUUAUGGACUAAAAUUGAAAGAUUCACAUAAUAAAUCCAAAUAUUUAGUUUAUCCGCUGAAAGUGUGCGCUGAAGAACGUAAAGACCAUAUUGAUUUAUUAAUUGUGUUAAACGCCGCGGGUGACAGCCAUUACACUUAUAUUACCGAUUUUGGUCGAUUGAGGGCACUAAAUNUACCUAUAAUGCCUGAAGAGGGCACUAAAUUAAAGUUCGAGUCAUGGGGCAAAACACAGGAACAUCCAUUUGCAAUUUAUGCAGAUUUUGAAAGCCUGCUGGUCAAGUCCAACAAAGAUAUGAAAGGCAACACAAAUUUUGUUCAUGAUCAUGUUGCAAUGAGCUAUGGAUACAUAGUAAAAGCAGCCGACAGUGUACCCAUUGAAUUAUUGCAACAGUAUAAUAUUCAAACGACGCCUAAAAUAUACAGAGGAAAUAAAAGCAGUGGGCCUGGGGAAGUAGCCAAUCGUUUCAUGGAUGACGUAACUGAAGUGGCGUUGAAAAUUGAAGAGUUGCUCAAGACGAAUGUUGAUAUUUGUAUGACACAUGAAGAAACUGAAGAACAUAUAAAGAAAACCUGCUGUGACUUGUGUAAGGGUGGUUUUACAGAGAAAAAUCAUAAAGUAGCAGACCAUGAUCAUUUGACAGGUAGUUUUAGAAAAACGCUUUGUAACAAUUGCAAUUUAAAAUUAACAACGCCCAAGUUUGUUAACGUAUAUUUCCAUAAUCUUAGCUCGUACGACGGACACUUUUUAGUUAAAGCCCUUGGAAGAGAUACUAGUAGAAUAAGUGUAAUACCCGCUACAGAAGAAAAAUAUAUUUCUUUUACAAAAUUUGUUUCAAACAAAUUUUCGCUGAGGUUCGUCGAUACAUUUCGUUUUAUGGGUACUAGUUUAGCGGCUCUCGCUGAAAAUUUGCGCGCCGCCGACAUAAAAUUAUUCCAAGAAACCGCAAAAGCGUUUUCAUCGGACGGUGACAUUGAUUUAGUGACCCGUAAAGGCGUGUACCCGUAUUCAUACACCUCAAGCUGGGAUGUACUCGAAGAAAAACAAUUGCCGUCAAAAGCCGAUUUUUAUAACGAUCUGUCAGAAACGCAUAUUGAUGAUGCCGAAUACAAACACGCACAAAACGUCUGGCAACAUUUCAAUUGUAAAACCCUCGGUGAGUACUCUGAUCUGUACCUGAAAACUGACGUAACAAUACUUGCGGAUGUUUUUACGAAUUUUCGUAAGUUAUGUCUACUAAAAUAUAAAUUGGAACCGGCAUAUUAUUUUACGAGUCCCGGUCUGUCUUUUGACGCUAUGCUGCUGCAUACGGGCGUUUCACUAGAUCUCAUGAGCGAUUAUGAACAACAACUUUUUAUUGAGAGAGGAAUACGGGGAGGAAUGACAACUUCGGUGUUGAAACAUGCCACAGCCAACAAUGAAAAGACGCCUCAUUAUGAUAUUAAACAACAAAAAUCUGAAAUUAUAUAUUUGGAUGUCAAUAAUUUGUAUGGUUGGAGUAUGUCUCAACAUAUGCCAUGUGGUGACUUUAAGUGGUUGGACGUGGACGACGAAACGAAAAUUUUAAAGACUGUGGAAGAGUUACCUGCGGAUUCUCCUAUAGGAAUGGCCCUUGAAGUGACGGUGUCGUACCCGAAAGAGUUACAUGAUGCCCACAACGAAAUGCCGUUUCUACCUGAACGAAAAUGUCCGCCUAAUUCACGGGUCAAAAAACUGUUGUCUACUUUCGAUCGGAAAGAAAACUACGUUAUACACUAUUUAAAUUUAAAACAGGCUAUGGCAAACGGAUUAAAAGUAGAAAAGGUGCAUAAGGUGUUACAAUUUAAGCAGUCGGCCUGGCUAUCAAAAUAUAUACAACUCAACACGGAGAUGAGACAGAAAGCCAAAAAUGAUUUUGAAAAAGACUUUUUUAAAUUAAUGAACAACGCUGUUUUUGGUAAGUUUUAAAAUUAAAUAAAAAUAUAUAUAAACAUAAUUUUAAUGCGAUUUCGAUCGCCCAACCUAGAUACGAAUUGUAGUCAUUUGACAUAUCGU